AUGCAGGAAUUACUUUUAAAAUUUUAUAAAAAAUAUAGAGUGACUCUUCUAAGGUCAUCGUACGUGAUAUUACUCUUUUCUACACUAGUAGGUACGGGAAGUAAUAUAACUAAAAGAUCCGCUGAAAAUGAUGAUAAUGACAAGAAUUUGAAUUUAAAAAAUACUAAGGAUAAUGAUGCGGAUACUAUGAAUAAUAGGAGUAAAACUGAGAAUAGGAGUAAAAAUAAAAAUAAUAAAAAAUCACUUUCCAAAUAUUUCAAAAAGACAAGUUUUGAAUUUGAAACUGAUACAGAGAAUGAAAAUGAUGAGAGUUCAAGCAGUUCUGGAACAUUUACUUUAGAGAGAGACGAUGGUUUGCUUUUGCAUGAGGAUCAAAUACGUCCCUCGAAUAAAAUUGGUUUAUUUAACGAUAAAGAAACAACAGAAACAACAAAAGUUAAUCAUGUCAAUCUAAAGGCGCGAAAGAGGAGAGAUUUUUUGUUGAGACUGAUUUUAACUGAUAGAAAAUGUAUAUUGUUGUUUUUUACACAAUCUUGUCUUCUAAUUAUUAGAACCUUUCUAUCUCUCUAUGUGGCUACUUUAGAUGGUAAACUAGUGUCAACUUUAGUUAAAGGUCAAAUUGGUAAGUUCUUAAAAAUUUUAUUAGGUCAAUGGAUGAUAUUAGGUAUCCCUGCAAGUUUUAUUAACUCUUUAAUAGCAUAUGUGACAAAAUUCUUUUCAAUUACAAUAAAUAGAAAGGUAUCAAAUUUUUUAUUAGAUAAAUAUCUUUCUAAUUCCCGUACAUUUUACUCGGUAGCCACUGCAACGACAGAGAUUCAAGAUAAUUUAACUUUAGAUAUCUAUACGUUUGCAACAAACAGUUCAAUCUUGUUGAAUCAAUUACUGAAACCAACCUUGGAUUUAAUUCUUUGUUCUUUUAAGCUAUUAAUGUCAACUUCAAGUAUGAUGGGGGAAGGCACUUUGGCUUUGGGUCUGGUUGUAUCUGGUUCAAAUUCUUUAUUACGAUUGUUACAGCCAAAUUUUACUAAUUUGACUAUGAUAAGAUCUUCUUUAGAGAGUUGGUUCAGAUUUUUACAUUCUAAUAUUCGCAUAAACAAUGAAGAAAUAGCAUUCCUACGUGGGCAGGAAGUUGAAUUGAUGAAUUUGGAUUAUUCUUUUUAUAAGUUGGUCCUUUUCUUAAAUAGGGAGAUAAGGGCUAAGGCAUUAUACGAUUUGGCUACCACAUUUGUUAUUAAAUAUACAUGGGGUGCUGCAGGUUUGGCCCUGUGUUCGAUUCCAAUUUUCUUUAAAGAUAAAGCCAGCUUAAUUAAGGACCCAUUAAAUAAAGGAUAUCAUGAUAUGACAGCAGAUUUUAUUACAAAUAGACGAUUGCUAGUCACUGCAUCAACAUCGUUUGGUAGGUUUGUAGAAUUGAAGAGAAAUAUUCAACAAUUGAAAGGUGUUAGAAUUAGGUUAAAUCAGUUUAAUGAUAUCUUAGAUUCGUAUAUCUUGUCAGGUAAUGUUAACACUUUUGAAUUACAAGAUAAUGCUCUGAUUGAAUUUAAUGAUUCAUUAAUCAAAUUUGAGAACGUCCCUAUUAUAACACCAACAGAUCAAGUUCUAAUACCAGAAUUAAGUUUUGAAUUAAAACAUGGAGACCAUUUGUUGAUUAUUGGACCUAAUGGCUGUGGUAAGUCUUCUUUAUUCCGUAUUUUGGGUGGACUCUGGCCCGUUAGAAAAUUCUAUUCAAAUAGUAUACCAAAAUUAACUAUUCCUAAAAGAACUACUCUAAAAGAUGAUGUUAAUAAUGAUAAAAUUCAGGAGUGUAGUAUAUUUUAUUUGCCACAAAGGCCUUAUAUGGGUAAUAAAUCUACUUUUAGAGAACAAAUAAUUUAUCCAGACUCUAUUUAUCAAUUUGAAAGAAGAUUUAAGGGUGAUUAUUCUAAAGGGGAUGAUGAAUUGGUAAAAAUAUUGGAAUUAUUAGAUUUAAAGGAUUUGAUUACAGAAAAUAUGUCUAUCUUAUUGGCCAAAAAUCAAUCUAAAAAUGUAGUUAAUGAAGUAUCUACGUUAACUUCAGAUAUGGAAACACCUUUAUCUGUAGAUUUAAAGGAGGCAUUUGAUCUAUGUAGAAACUGGACCGAAAAACUGUCAAUUGGUGUUCAACAAAGAUUAGCCAUGGCACGAAUGUAUUAUCAUAAACCUAAAUUUGCUGUAUUAGAUGAAUGCACCUCUGCAGUCUCCCCGGAGAUGGAACAAAGAAUGUAUAAAACUGCUCAGAAUUUUGGAAUAUCACUAAUCUCCGUGUGUCACAGAACAAGUUUAUGGCAUUUCCACAACUAUCUUCUCAAAUUUGAUGGAAAAUGUGGGUAUCAAUUUGGACCGUUUAACCCUGUAGAAAGAUUAAAAAAUGAAGAAAAAUUAAUUGAGAUUAAUAACUUAUUAGAACAGCAAGUUCCUAUAUGGAAGAAACGUCUAAAUGAUUUAACAAUAGCUAGAAAAUCUAAUAUCAUUAAAAAAUCUGAAACUGAAUUAAAUUUCUUGUCGAGAAGAUCUGUGACACCAAUUAUCCCAAUUAAGAAAAUCACAAAUAAGGAAAAUAAAGAUACGACAGUUCAAUUAUUAAGAUCAAAUUCAUCGAAUAAUCCAAAUAUUAACAAACAAAAUUUAAAGAAUCAAAGAGUUAAAGCAAAAAAGGAAAAGAACAUUUUGAUGAAGGAUGGAGAACAACUUAAAAAAAGUCGGUGA